AUGCCGGUGACUUUCGAGGAGGUGGCUGUGUAUUUCACCCAGGGGCAGGGGGCUCUGCUGGACCCCGCUCAGAGAGCCCUCUACAGGGACGUCAUGCGGGAGAACUACGAGACAGUGACCUCGCUGGGUGACGAGACAGUGAGUGAGAACGAGGAGGUGAAUCAACAGCAGGAUGUUCCUGGGUCUGGGGAAUCACAGGGGACCUUUUCAGCGCUGAUUACACAUCAGAAAAUCCACACAGGGGACAGACCACGUAAGUGCUUAGACUGUGGGAAAAGUUUCACAUGGAGAUCAGCCCUUGUUAGACAUCAGGCAAUCCACACCGGAGAGAGACCCCAUAAGUGCUUGGACUGUGGGAAAAGUUUCAAACAGAGGUCAGCCCUUGCCAAACAUCAGGCAAUCCACUGUGGAGAGAGACCCCAUAAGUGCUUAGACUGUGGGAAAAGUUUCAGACACAGGUCAACCCUUCUUAAACAUCAGGCCAUCCACACAGGAGAGAAAUCCCAUAAGUGUUUGGACUGUGGGGAAAGUUUCACACAAAGAUCAAAUCUUAUGGCACAUCAGAGAAAACACACUGGAGAGAGACCCCAUAAGUGCUUAGACUGUGGGAAAAGUUUCACAUGGAGAUCAGCCCUUGUUAGACAUCAGGCAAUCCACACCGGAGAGAGACCCCAUAAGUGCUUGGACUGUGGGAAAAGUUUCAAACAGAGGUCAGCCCUUGCCAAACAUCAGGCAAUCCACAGUGGAGAGAGACCCCAUAAGUGCUUAGACUGUGGGAAAAGUUUCAUACAGAAGUCAACCCUUGUCCAACAUCAGAUAAUCCACAAAGGAGAGAAAUCCCAUAAGUGUUUGGACUGUGGGAAAAGUUUCACGAAAAGAUCAAAUCUUAUGGCACAUCAGAGAAUACACACUGGAGACAGACCCCAUAAGUGCUUAGACUGUGGAAAAAGUUUCAUACAGAGGUCAAACCUUCUCGUACAUCAAACAAUCCACACUGGAGAGAGACACCACAAGUGCUUAGACUGUGGGAAAAGUUUCAAACAGAGGUCAGCCCUUAUCCAUCAUCAGGCAAUCCACACUGGAGAGAGACCCCAUAAGUGCUUAGACUGUGGGAAAAGUUUCGCAUGGAGGUCAAACCUUCUUGUACAUCAAACAAUCCACACUGGAGAGACACCCCACAAGUGCUUAGACUGUGGGAAAAGUUUCAAACAGAGGUCAGGCCUUGUCAAACAUCAGACAAUCCACACUGGAGAGAGACCCCAUAAGUGCUUAGACUGUGGGAAAAGUUUCAGACACAGGUCAACCCUUCUUAAACAUCAGGCCAUCCACACAGGAGAGAAAUCCCAUAAGUGUUUGGACUGUGGGGAAAGUUUCACACAAAGAUCAAAUCUUAUGGCACAUCAGAGAAUACACACUGGAGAGAGACCCUAUGAGUGCUUAGACUGUGGGAAAAGUUUCAUUCGGAGGUCAAACCUUGUCCAACAUCAGAGAAUACACACCGGAGACAGACCCCAUAGGUGCUUAGACUGUGGAAAAAGUUUCAAACAGAGGUCAGCCCUUCUCAUACAUCAAACAAUCCACACUGGAGAGAGACCCCACAAGUGCUUAGACUGUGGGAAAAGUUUCACACAAAGAUCAAAUCUUAUGGCACAUCAGAGAAUACACACCGGAGACAGACCCCACAAGUGCUUAGAUUGUGGAAAAAGUUUCAUAUGGAGGUCUGACCUUGUUAAACAUCAGGCAAUCCAUACAAGGGGAAUACCAUAA